GUGAAUGGUGUUUCUCCGUGAUUGCCAGAGUUGCGGAGGUUAUGGACAUGAUGGCCUGGAGAGGCGUGCUUAGUGUCAAACUGAACCAGGACCAAGAAUACUUCGCCUGUGCCACAGAGGAUGGGCUUCGCAUAUUUCACAUGGAUCCGCUGGUGCAGACCCACUAUGUUGAUGCAAUGAAGAUUGGAAGUAUACGAUGUGCAGAGAUGAGAUUUAGGUCAAAUAUUGUGGCCAUAGUAAGUGGAGGUACACGACCGAUCUAUGAUGACCGAACAGUCAUUUUGUGGGAUUUACGCAAAGAAAUGCCAGUGUCUCGGAUCAUUUUACGAGAGCCAGUCCUAGACGUGAAAGUAACAUCAGACAGACUGCUGGUCAUAUUACGAAGUCGUGUUAUUUUGUUGGCUUUUCCCUACGGUGAGACGCUAGCAGAAAUUGAGACCAGAGACAACCCAAAUGCUGUGUGUGCAGUUUCCCACAUUGCUGGCAAGAUCAUCCUUCCCGCCAAGAAGAGCAGAGGCAGCAUUCAGAUUGAAGACCUGGCCAAAGUGGACGCAGCACAGGAGAGCAAGCCACAGAUGAUCAUGCAAGCUCAUGGCAAUGACAUUGUUUGUGCAGCCAUCAGCCUUGAUGGGGAAUGGGUGGCCACUGCCAGUACUCAGGGUACUAACAUCCAUCUUGUGAACCUGUUAACCAAGGCAAAAAUCAAACUUCGCAGAGGAUUGGACAAGGCAAAUAUUUACUGUUUGAACUUCAGCAAAGACAGUAGCCUUUUGUCUUGUUCAAGUGACAAGGGCACAGUCCACGUCUGGUCAUUGAAAGAUCCUGAAAUGAACCCCAUCUCCACACUGAAGCCUCUGGUUGGGUUGCCCAGUGAAAUUAAAUCAUAUGCAUCGUUUACAGUUACCGCCGAGUGUGCCUGCUUGUGCACAUUUGGUGCUGGGGAUGCCAUGUACGCAAUUUGCCUUGAUGGAAGUUUCCACAAAUACAAAUUGGGUCGAGAUGGGUCACAGACUGAUACAGGGAAGAACUGUUUUCGGGUAUCCUAUGAUAUAUUUCCCAAUGUCGGCGAGAUGUAUGACUGA